AAUUUGUUGAAGAUAUUAGUAAACAGUCAGAUUCAGGCAAAAGUUCACAAAUCGAUGAUGAUAAUAACAAGAAUUCUAUGAUACCUAAACUGAAAAAUCCAAAUAAACAUUGUGGAAGGGGAUGA